AUGCGUCGUAAUAAACAAAGUAGUAAUACGAGUUUAUCUAGUUUUGAAUGGUUCCGUAAUGUUGAAAAAGAAGAAGAAAGCACAGAAACAAACAAGAAACAAGCUGGACAGCUUAUUAAAUACUUUUCUAUUGUUGAAAGAAAAAAGCUUCAAAAUGUUUUGAACCUUCAUCACGACCACUUGCACAUCAAACAUCAAAAUUCGAAAUCAGGUAAAAAGUUGAAUGAAAAUAAUGCUAAAUAG